UAAGCAAAUAAAGAAAGCAAGCAAAGUAAACAUAAAUUAGUUAAAUUAUAGGAAUAGUUACCCAAAAAUCACACUAGUAAAUUCUUCAAACUUUACAUAAACAAGCAAGUUGGGCAACUCAGAGCCAGAGACCAGAGUAGACCAGAGAAGGCAGCCCCCACUUUCAGAGGGCCAUCUUCUCCAACGUCUCCCUCUUUCUCUCUCUCUUUCAAUCUAUUCUCUUAUCUGCUUUCUCUCUCCAGAAUCUUCCAGAUCCUGUUAUUACAAAAUUGUUUAAUUGGGUAGCUUGAACUUUACUUGUUCUGCUUGGAUCUGUUGAGCGUGGAAAUUUUGCUGAUAUAGCGCCGUAUAAUGUAGAUGUAUCUUGUUACUCAAGUUGAGUUUUAUUGUCAAAUUUGAACCUUUAGUAGCUAAAGAGUGGUUCUUUAUUCCGUUUGAAUUUUGACUUUUGAGUUUGGUUUUGGUACUGGGGUGGUUGUGAAGCUUCGAACUUCAAACGUUGAAUUGUAUUUUGUGUACUCAUUUCUUUUGAAGAAGGUAGCGCAAAAGCUUGGCGAAAAUUGACCAACUUUACAUAGAAGCAACUUUGUCUUCUGUCCCCUACAGUAUUUGCUUAAGUCCUAAUUCUGGAAUUGUAGUUUUGAAAUGGCUGUUGGCAAAAACAGUAGCAACACUGGACAAAUAACUCAGCCAUGCCGUUGUUUCAAGGUGGCGGACUUAAAGGAAACUAUCUUGGAUGCUACUGAGACAUCUGAUUUAAAAGAUCGUUAUGUUUUAGGAGAUCAAUUGGGUUGGGGACAGUUCGGUGUGAUCAGGGCGUGUGCUGAUAAGUUUACAGGAGAGUUAUUGGCGUGCAAAUCAAUUUCCAAAGAAAGGCUGGUAACCCAAGAUGAUGUUCGAAGUGUGAAACUUGAAAUCGAGAUCAUGAGCAAGUUAUCGGGUCAUCCUCAUGUGGUUGAUCUCAAGGCAGUUUAUGAGGAAGAAGAUUAUGUCCAUUUGGUGAUGGAGCUCUGUGCUGGUGGGGAGUUGUUCCACCGAUUGGAGGAAAAAGGAAGGUAUCCUGAGUCUCAGGCCAAGAUCAUAUUUUGGCAUCUAAUGCAGGUAGUCUCGUAUUGCCAUGAUAAUGGUGUAGUUCAUAGAGAUUUGAAGCCUGAGAAUAUUCUUAUGGCAACCAAGUCAUCUUCUUCACCAAUCAAGCUAGCUGAUUUUGGUCUUGCUACUUAUAUUAAGCCAGGGCAGAGCUUGCAUGGGACAGUGGGGAGUCCGUUCUAUAUAGCUCCUGAAGUUCUGUCUGGAGGUUACACCCAAGCUGCUGAUGUAUGGAGUGCUGGUGUGAUUCUCUACAUUCUUUUGAGUGCUAUGCCGCCGUUUUGGGGUAAGACAAAGUCAAGGAUUUUUGAAGCAGUUCGAGCAGCUGAUCUGCGCUUCCCAUCUGAACCGUGGGACCGAGUAUCAAAAUCUGCCCAGGAACUGAUCAAGAAAAUGCUCUGCAUAGAUCCAUUGAAGCGCUUGACAGCUGAGCAAGUUUUAGCUCACUCGUGGAUGGAAGAGAUUUCUUCAGCCACUGAAGAUUCACAUGAACAUGAUGGUUUUAGCUCCAGGCAAUUAAAAACUCGAGAUAGCUCAUUUAUAGCCAGAGAUCAUGAUAUUAGCUUUGGCACUGGAUCAGCAGUAAACUGUGAGCCUCAAUCACCAACAUUUACAUGCAGAUCAUCUUUCUCGGCGUUUUUUGUGGAGCCAUCCACACCCACCCUCAUAUCAAGUGGAUUCUCUUUCCGUAGCAGUGGGGAUUUCUCUGCUAUUGAGUUUGUUUCGCCCAUUCCUUCCAUGCCUAGUUUCACAUUUUUCAGCCCUAGCUCAGUAGCUGAGCAUGGAAGUCAACAUGGGAGGUUUUCGAGCGACAGAGAAAGCACUGAUGAAAUUCAUGCAGGAGAGGAUGUCUUGGAGAAACAAUCUGAAUCACCCGAUUCUUCCCUGAGCUCAGAAACUGAUGCUAGGGACCUGGAUCAGAAGUCAGCAGACUCUAAGAAGAGUGUAGGGACAGGCUUGAGGAUUUUUGGUAUCCACAGCAAGAGAAAUAGAACGAUUGGGCUUGGAGAGUUUGACCAGCUUGAUAUUGUGGUGACUGAAUCAGUUAUCCGAUGGGCUUCAUGCACCAACUUACCUACUGGAUCAUCACUCAGGGCUUCUCUUGUAUGCUGAUGGUCUUGGACCAACCCAUAUAUAUCGAUAAUAUCAUAUAUCAUGAUACAAAGUUGGACAACAUGCAACCGUGUGGAUCCUGCUGCUCUUGUAAAAGAUUAAUUUACAAGGGGUUGAAAUUGUGUGUACUGCUGUUGAUGAUAAUUCUAAGUUAGAAAGCUAAUGUUAACGGUUAGAUUGCAAUGAAUCUGCAGAGAAAAAAGAGCAGAUUCUUCUUCAAAAUGUGUAAAGCAUGGAUUUUGAAGGCACUGAUUUCCUGAACUUUUUUGGGUCAUAAUUUUACAAAUGUAUAGAAAGCUUUUUUGUUCUCAUUA